AAAAUAUUUGGCACGAGGAAUACCACAGGUAUAUUUUUAUUUGGCGUGUGACAGCUUACAGACUUAUUAAAGUAAGUAGGUAACAUUAAAAUUGUUAAAUAAGGUACUAUUUUUGAAUUUUUAAUUAUAUUUAGAAAUAUUAUUUGAUUUCAAAUACAACUAUACACAAAUUACAUAAUACGAAUUUGUAAAUAAUUUCAAUUUAAUAAAUUUGAGUUUAUAUAAAACAAAUUAGUUUAGUAAAAUCACACUAUAUUUUUUCCAGUUAUUAUCAAUUUAAAUAAAAACGAGUAAAAUAGUUAUGAUUUUUAAUAUUUUAGUAAUUUAAAAAAAUUGAUAUGGUUUUAGUCAGUCAGUCAGUUUUAUUUGGAUACAGAAUAAUGAUAUUUAACGUGUGUUGGUUUAUCGUAUUAGCACACAUUUGUGUUGCGGUUAAUGGAAAUUUCUAUUAUCCAGUAAAAAAACAUAACGAUGAGUGGUGGGCCAACACGAUAAUAUACCAACUAUAUCCAUUGUCAUUUAAAGACAGUAACAAUGAUGGUUAUGGUGAUUUUAAAGGUAAAGUAUUAAUUAUUAUAUAAAAGUAAUAUUAUACACAUGAAAAAUAAAACCAUGCAAGUUUUUUGAUCCUUAAUUAUGUAUUUUCUAGGAAUUAUUCAAAAGCUUGAUCAUUUUGUCGAUCUUGGAAUAGAAACUUUAUGGAUAGGUCCAUUUUUCAAAUCGCCUAUGGAAGAUAUGGGAUAUGACGUGAUAGAUUUUAAACAGAUAAAUCCUUUAUUUGGAACAAUGGAUGACUACAAUGAAUUAAUUUCAGAAAUGAAAAAGCGAAGUAAUUAUUACUCAUUACUAUGUAUAUCUCAAAAUUAUUGUUAAAAACCAAAGUACCUUCACGUAAAAUCAAGACAGUAGUUUUUAAAACAUAUUUUUUUUUGUAGAUCUUCAUCUUAUAACAGAUAUCGUACCAAACCAUUCAAGUGAUCAGUGUGAGUGGUUUAAAAAAUCAAUCAAAAGAGAAGGAAACUAUUCUGAUUAUUAUAUUUGGCAUGAUGCUAAAAAUCAAAUGGAAGUCUUAAAAAAUACCUCAAUAACGCCGAUACCUCCUAAUAAUUGGGUAAAAGCUUUUAAUUUUCAUUUUUAAAUACAAUGAAACCGUUACUUUUGUAAAAUUUCUCGUUUUUCCUAUGUUUUUUCUCUGUUUUGUCCAAUUUAUAGGAAAACAAUACACGCGAUACUAAAAAACGGAUAUCUUACUCAGACUUUAGGUUCGCAUUCAGAAAGAGUGCUAUUCUUGAAAUUCGGAUUAAUAAGUAUUCUAGUAUUCGGAUUCUAGUAGAAAAUAUCAAUGGAAAAAAUUUUAAGUAAUGGAAUUGACAAAGCUGUAAAUCUGUUCAUUUUAUUUUAUACCUUUUUCCGGUUCUUCAACUAUAUUAAAAACUGAUAGGAAAAUCAAUACUACUAUGUUCUUUUCCAGCUAGAUCCAAAAUUGAAGAUUCGAUUAGAGUACGAUUUCUGGUAGAAAACAUAAACCAUAAAAACUUAAAACAAUGAAAUCGGGAACGCCGUGGUGUGCUUGUCCAUUUUUUUUAUAAUUUUGUUCCAAUUUUUUUCAACAACUUGAAAAUUUUUUAGAAAAAUCAAAAAAUAAUCUCCCUAAUGUAACAAUUAGAACCAAAAUGCAAUGAGAGAAAAAUCAGUUGUUUUUUUUUGAUGGAGCAAGUUUUCCAGUAGAAAAGAUUUUUACAAAUACAAUAUUUGAAAUCUCCUUGUCAAUAUAGUGGAUGAACAAGUUGGGUAGAGAACUCGAUCAAAAUUAUCUAACUUUAUUUUCCUUCAUUAAAGGAAUUCCUUCACCGCCUUACUGGGCAAGUUAAAUAAUUGUCUAUCAAGUUAAAAUACAAAAAUAGAAUUUUUACUUAUUUAAACUAUAACGAUUUUUAAGAAAUAUAGUUAAAAACUAAGUGACAUAAAAAAUUAUUGAAUUGAAAUAUUAACUAAGAUAGAAAAAAAAAUUUGUUUAAUACAUGUUACUGAGAUAGAAAAUAACAUACGUUAUUUAAUUGAUAUUUUAAUGUCAUUAUUUAAAUGGUAAACAUCAUUUCUAAAAAUAUCAAGUGAACUAGAGAGGUCCUUCAUUGAUUUUCUAAAGGAUUUUCACAAUAAUUGGGAUACACUAGAAUGAAAAUAAUAGCUAAACGACAAAAUUUACGGCACGCCAUGGCGUUAUAGAUUUCAUUAGCUCCAUUUUUUACGCUUUGUAUUUUAUACCAGAAAUAUUGCUCCAAUCGAAAAAUUACAAAUGAUCAAUUUUGUUCCUUUUAGCAUAUAACUACUGAAAAUGAAAACGUUUUUUUAUACCUAAAGUAGUUUUCAUAAUAAUUGCAAAAACAAAAAGAAAUAUAUUGAUUAAUAUUUACGGAAACUUAAAAGGUUGUGGGACACCAAGCUAUCGACGCCUUCAGAAUCAUAAUAAUUUAAAAAAUAAAAAGUAUGCUUAAAACAAGCAAUGGGUUUUAUUAAUAAUUCAUAUUUUAUAAACAGGUAAGUGUAUUUAGUAAAAGUGCAUGGACUUGGCAUAAUGAUCGUAAACAAUUUUAUUAUCAUCAAUUCGGUUAUAAACAACCAGACUUUAAUUUGAGAAAUCCCAAACUUCGUCAAGAAUUAUUAGUAAGUAUAAGUAUAGUAAAAAAAAAAUGUUUGUAGAAAAUUCCUUUAUUUUUGUUUUUUUAAAGGACAUACUUAAAUUUUGGUUGGAUAGAGGUGUUGAUGGAUUUCGGUGUGACGCUAUGAAACAUUUGUAUGAAUACGAAUCAUUAAUCGAUGAACCGUAUUUACCUGGCAAAGAAGGUUCCCUUAUCUAUUCCGAUAUGAUUCAUAACUAUACCACGAAUCUACAAGAAGUCAUUGAUACUGUUAUAGAAUGGCGAGAAUUUUUAGACAAUUAUACGAAAAGCAACAAUUUGUCAGUUUCAAAGUAAAUAAUCUAAAAAGUGUACUUUCACUUCAAUUCAAGUUUAUAAGUUACUUUAAUUUUAUAUUCAUUCAAAAUAAUAUAUUUAAUUAAGCAGUGACGUACCCUGAGGGGUUAAGGGGGGCUUCAACUCCACACCUCAUUGUUCGCAUUAAAUUACAAAAUAAUGAUAUAAACUAUUCUACAUUUAUAACUUAUUAAUUAUUACCAAUCAAAUAAUAAUCUUCUUUCGGCUAUAGAUAUUUUCAGCGCUAUCGUUUCGGUAAUAAUGUGAAUGCUAUGGUGAAAUUAAAUUUAUUAUAAAAUAAAAUAUAACUUAUAGUAAAUAUUUAAGUGUACAAAAUUUCUAAACUUACUAAAUUUUAAAAUAAUAAUUAUUUUAAUCCAAUAUUAUUAUACCUACUGUAUUUCAUCGUCUACACUACCUCGCGACUAUAAUUUAUAAUAAAACAGGUCAAAUGGUCAAAUCGAAACGUUCAGUAACGGAUCGUAGCUCAUAGGAAAGACUAAAACAAACUAGAGUCACGGAGAAUCAUAUUUUUGAUUAAUUAGUCGAUAGGUAUGAAAAGAGUGACAUCAAUUUAUUUAUUAGGGGGAAAUCUUAUAAUGUUAAAUUCAUUAUUAUUUUUUGAACUAUUACUGUAAUAGUUGGUUUUUUGUAUGACUAAUGAUAAUAAUAUUAAAAUAUCUUUCAUGUUUGUACAUGUUGUAUAAAAUGGAAAUUUCGGUUUUACCAAAUUGUAAGACUAAAUAAAAAAACUAGGAAAUUUGGUAGGAUAAUCAUUAAGUCAUAUUUAUUGGUAAAAAAAAAAAAAAAAAAACGAAUGCAAAGUUGAAUUUUUUUUUAUAAGUGAUUUAAAAUCAAUGUAUUACGAAAAUUGUAAAUAUUACGGCCUUCAAAACGUACAACUAAACUUGGUUCAGAAUCGUUUUUCAUUGCGAUACUUUAUCGUUGAUUACAGGUAUAAGUUAGAUAACUUAAUGUAUCCCACCUUUUCAAUUAUUUUAAUUUAGUUUAUUAUCUACACUAUAAUAUACAUUUUUGACCAUACCUAAGUUACAUAUUAUUUCAUACUAAAAAUAAUUUCACCACAGCAUGUUUUUUUCCUUUAUCGCUGAAAUGGUAGUGUUGAAUCAGCAGUGUCCAAAAGUUCUAGACCCUCCUCUACAGUAUCCUGUAUUGGUAUAUCGUUCAUACAAAUUACUAAUAUGUUUUAUUAGGAUUUUCGCAACAGAAUCGUAUGCUCCACUGGAUGUGUUAAAGCAAUAUUAUGGAAAUACGUCUUCACCUGGAGCACAAAUACCAUUAAACUUUAAUUUGGUGAAUACAAACCGAAACUAUUUAUUAAAAAACAUUGAUAGAACUAUACGAGAAUGGCUAGAAAUUUUGCCCGACAACGGCGUUGCCAAUUGGGAUGUAUGUAUCCGAAAAUGUUAAUGAUAUAUCUAUUUACCUAAUAUUGUUUUACAUUUUAAAAUUAUAUUAUGCAAAUUCAUGCUGUGAGCUAUAAUAUUUUAAUGUAAAAAAAUUCAAUUACAAUGUCUAAAUAAAAUUAAUUGUAAUAUAACUAUAAAGAAAAACAUAUUAAAAUUUAAAAACUAUUUGUUUAAAAAUUAGGUUGAAAAUCAUGACAAUCAUAGGAUAGCAUCAAUGUAUGGUCCUGAAACAGUGCCGUUAUUUACUGCCCUGAAAUUGGCUCUACCCGGUAUUGAUAUAACAUAUUAUGGUAGUGAAAUUGGUAUGGUGAAUACAUACGUAAGACCGGAUCAAAGACAAGAUCCUCAAAAUGCAGGUGGUUCUAGUUUUGAGGAAACGAGAGAUGGUGAAAGGACCCCAAUGCAAUGGGAUGAUUCAAUAAACGCAGGUUUGUAAAAAAUAUAACAUACAAAUUGUAAUAUAUAAUUUUUUUUUUUAAUUAUUAUUACAGCGCUAUAAUUUAAAUAUUUUUUUAGUUAAAUUUUUAUGUUAAGGAAUUUUAAAUAAAAAAUUUAAAUUCAAGAAAAAAAUCGAGAUAGCCUUUUUAUUUUUUAAUUGGAAAGUAAUAAAAUAUAAAAAUUAAAGCACAGAGCUCUAUUAAUUAUUACAAAGAAAAAAAUAAAAAAUAACCAAACUUAAAUGCUUGAAAACUUAACAGAAGGUUCAUAAUAAGUCAUACUUUAUGGCUUGAAAAACAAAUUGAGUGUAAUGUAGAAUUCUAGAUUCCAAGCGUAGCAAGGGAGCUAUUGGUUUUACUAAGAUGUUUAUUUUUUUUUCUUCUUCUAGUCUGUGAAUUCUAAGUCUAAUUCUUCUAGUCUGUGUAUUCUGUAAAUGUACAAUUUCACGAUUUCAUUAUUUUAUAAAAACACGAACGUUUUCUAUCAGAAAAAAUGAUUUAAUCGAAAAAAUCAUAAUAUUUUUUUUGUUCUCUGUUUGAUUUAAUUUCUUACAGUAUCGUUGCCAAAACUUUUGAGCAAUUUUUGAGCUUUAAAGGAAUUUUAAUUUUUGGGUGUUUUUUUACAGCAGUUAUAAAUACACAUAAAAACUUGAAAAUUGGUAAUAAUACUUAUAUUAAAUUUAACUAGAUGUGGUAAAAUGUUUAAAAUCAUCAAACAACGAUAUUUUUUAUCAAAAAAUUAUUGCAAAUUAUUGCAAAAAAAAUUACGGCACUUCAAAUUAUGUACUACCGAACUGCGCUCGGAAUCGUCUUUCGUCAAGCAAUGAUUUAUCGUUACUUACAGAUAUAAAUGACAUAACCUUAUGUAUCCUACCUUCCUAACUUCUCACCUCCAACAGUUGCCACUCCUAUUCUCAGUAUCACCUUUUUUUAAUUAUAGUUAAAGCUGAUAUUGUCGAAUUCUUAAAUUUGUCAUACAUUUUUUUUUAAUGAUUUUAGCAACAAAUUUUGACGAUAAUCAUAAAUAUUACGGCUUUUCAAAACAUAUAUUAUGGAACUCCACUUAGAAUCCUUUUUCGUUAGCAAAUAUUAAUCAGAUAUACAUUAAAUUCGCAUCUAUAUUCUAUACUUUUCCAACUUCUCACGUAUAACAGUCACCUACCCAUUAUGUGAAUUAUAUCGAAUUAUAUUGAAAAACUCAACGUCUUGCCUCCGAAGUAUUUUUCUCUAUUGAUAUUAUAAUAGGUGUUUUAACUCUGAGACUCUAAAAUUAAGCGAUUUCUGUGUAAGCAUGUUUUAACUAUAUUGUGCGUUUGUAGACUACAUGUGUAGCGUCUUCAUAAAUUAAAAUUACAUAAUAACACAAUACAAAACUCAAGUGAUAGUAUACAUUAUACAUACUCAUAGAUGUGCCAAAUCUUCAUAGCUGUGGAGACUGAUUGUGAAUUUAUAUUAUUUUCUAAAUAAUAUCUGAAACUCAAUUUUCGUUAUCUGAAAAUUUUAGCAACUAUCAUUCUUUUAUUAUGCAAAAUGAUUUUUUCUUAAUUUUAAAAUCAUAAUAUCAUUCCAUGUUAUUAUAUGCAAUUAUUUAUUAACACAUAGGUAAGCCUAACAAAUAAAUUAUAAAAAUACAUAUUAUUAUAUUAUUAUAUUAUAUAUACAUAAAUAAAUGUUAAUAAUUAUUUAAGGUUAUCUAGCCAUCUUGAAUAUAUUACUUUAUUGCUAAAUUUGGUCUUAUAAUAAUAAAAUCAUAUUUAAAAAUAUUUUUUUACAAUUCUUUUUGCUUAUCUACGAAUUUAAGUAUUUUAAAAGUUUGAAAACAUAUUUGUAAUUUAUGUUUCUUUUAAAAUCUGAAAACCUCUGUGAUAUUACCUGGGGACCCUUGACUGUUCAUCCUGAACCUAUACAAAAAUUAGGUUAUCAAAAAGUCAAAUUCACCAGUAUGAAAGAUAAAUAAUACAUUUUUUAUUUAUACAUAUUUAAAUGUUAAAUAAAGGAUUCACAGAAGCGAAAAAACCGUGGUUGCCAGUAAAUCCAAAUUACUACAAAUUAAAUGUCGAGACACAGAAAAAAAUCCCAACAAGCAAUUAUAAUUUUUACAAAAAAAUGGCUCGGCUACGAAAAACGGAUACAUUAAAAUACGGUGACUUGAAAACCUAUAACGUUUCAGAAUCAAUUUACGUUUUAAAAAGGUAAUUUCAAAAAAUGUGAUAGUUUUUUUUUAUGGCUCUUAUAAAAAUAAUAUUGUUUUAUCGGUUCGUUUAUUUCUAGAGCUUUAUCGGAACACGAAUUCUACGUAUUUGUGUUUAACUUUGGCAGUGAAACCGAGGAAAUUGUUUUGUCUAAUAUCGUUGAUAUUUCCAAUGAUAAACUCUACGUAUAUUUAAGGAGCGCAAAUGCAUUGUACAGCGAAGGGUAAUAAUAAUUUUUAGAUUUUUAUUUUAUUUCUUUACAUACCUAGAUAAUUUUGAAUAUCAAUUUUAAAAUUGAAUACUUCAUUAAUUUAUAAUAUCAUCGUGUGUUUUAGAAAUGCAAUAUUAAUAAAUUCUUCUGUGAAACCAUUGAUCAUGCGACCUCAGUCUGUAGUUGUAUUGACGGAUAAAGAGAUUUCUGCCGACGAUUCAACGAAAUCUAGUAGUACAACUCGAAUUUGUUCUAAAUUAUUAAUUACAUUAUGUACUUUUUUCUUAACUAGAUUUUUGUUAUAACUUAUUUCUCUUUGUGAAUAUUUUCUUUUUUUUAUAUAUAUACCUAUGUUGAUUUGUAUAAUUCAAAAAUAUUUAAAGUUAAUUUUAUAUUUUUGAUUAUGUGAGCAGCAAUAUGUAUAAUCAUGACUUUUUAUAUAAUGCCAAAGAAUUGUAUACCUAGCCAUUUUUAAAGAAUUAUAUAAUUUAUUUUAUUUUUUUUUUUACUUACGAUUCCUAAGUAAUUUAUGUAAUAUAAAUAAGCAUUUCAUAAAACUAUAAAUCAAAAUUAGCAAUUAAUAAAUUUGGAAAAUCACUAGGAAAAUCCAUUUCCUUUUAUCAUUAAGAUAUUAAUCUAAAUAGAGUUAAUUGUAUUAUUAAAAUAAAUAUAUUUAUGACAAAGUAUUAUUCAUUUUUAUCUAAUUAAUUAUUUAUGAAUUGCCAAUUUAAUAUUACAAAAUUAUUCGAUAAUAAACAUUUAUUUUAAAUGCUGUUAAGACAAUAUAUGUAUUAAAAAAGUAUUUUCAUAAAGACUACUAUCAUUUAGUUGUUACAAUGAUUUAUAAUAUAAGGA